AUGGGUUCCGAAGAAUUUGGAAAGUACCAUGGUGGAAUCGCGGAGAGGUUUCACCGUUUCUUCCGCGGAAUCACAUUCCAGGCUAUCAUUCUCGGUCUGGUCAGCUUCACUCAACCUGGCAUAUGGGUCGCCUUGAAUAACCUUGGAGCCGGUGGCCAAGCAUCACCGUACGUGGUCAAUGCCGCCAAUGUUGUGACCUUUGCUAUUAUGGUUGUUUUCGCACCAUUUUGCGCAGUAUUUGGCAAUCGAUAUAGUCUCAAAUGGGUGCUCGUAUUCGGCACAAUCGGCUACGUCCCUUACUGCGCGGCCCUAUACACAAAUACUGUCUAUGGCACGCAGUGGUUCCUUAUCUUCGGAGCGGCCACAUGUGGUUUCUCGGCAGCAGCACUGUGGACCGCGGAGGGAGCGAUCGCCGUUGGCUACCCCGAAGCUUCGCGUCGAGGAUGGUGCGUGGCCAUCUGGCUCGCACUGAACAAGAUCGGAUCGCUUAUUGCAAGCUGUAUCCAGCUUGCUCUGAACACCAGCAACGACCAGGCAGGCAGUAUCAGCCCGAAAACCUACCUCGUCCUCGUCGGAUUGACCUGUGCGGGUCUUCCUUUGUCACUGCUAUUGUCUUCCCCGGAAAAGCUGAUUCGAAGGGACGGAACCAAGCCUACUGCUCGUUCAAACAAAACGACGUUCAAGCAGGGUUUCAGAGACUUCUGGGCAGUGUGCAAGACUAAGCACAUUUAUAUGUUGGUCCCAAUUUUCAUCACCGCGCAGUGGGGCCAAACCUACAACGGCAAUUACCUUGCGGCAUACUUUUCGGUCCGUGGUCGUACCCUUGCGGGCUUCAUAGUGACUAUCGUCGGUAUCGUUGUCAACUUUGUUGUCGGCUGGUUUCUCGAUUCGAAGCACCUUCGCCGCUCCACGCGUUCAAGGGUGAUGUGGAUUGUGAUUGCAGUGAUAUACAUCGCUGGGUGGAUCUAUCAGUUCAUCAACCAGGCCGACUAUCAGAAGGAAGACACUGUCUUCGAUUGGUCAUCACCAGGAUAUGCUCGUGGACUUUGUGCAUACUUGCUAUACAGAGUCGGUUACGAGGCAGUGGGAACGUGGAUGUACUGGCUUCUCGGCACGUACGACACGCACUUCGACACUCUCGCCUUGACAUCUGCCCUCUUACGCAGCGGAGAAUCGCUCGGUUCGACCUUUAGUUAUGCAGUAGGCGCUUCCAAGUCGGCCUCCCUUAUGACGAAUCUUAUCGUUGCAGCUGUUGUGUGGUUUGCCUCGGCGCCGAUGGCCACCUGGAGUGCUUGGAAGGUCACUGAUUCUCAAGAAGAGGAGACGCUUGCCGUGGAGGAUUCUGCCACGACUUCUAUCAAUGAGGAGCACUUCGAUGGCAAAGCUUUUGACUCGUCCCCGAACGCAGUACCUCAUGUGUGA